AUGUUAGCAGAAGCAUCACCUACAGUUGAAGAGGAAGAUAGUACUCAAACAGACACAUGCUACACUAGUACUUCUUCGGGGGCUUCUUUAACGGCCGGGAGAUCAGGAAGCUCCACAGGAGGAGCUGGGAAUUAUCAAGCCAGAACAAGAAAAAGGUGGAGUGGAGCUAAAAACAACUUAAGCUCGAGGUUGAAUUCACCAGCUGCAAUAGAUGGAGUACAUGGAAGUGUUGAGGCGGACUAUAUCUCGCCCGGUCAAUUAUACUCCACUGAGUCGGGGAGAAUGUUCCAUGCUGGCCAGAUACUAAUCGUGUUGGUUGGAUUGCCUGCAACUUCCAAGACGCUAUUGUCGGUAGCGAUAACGAGAUAUACACGUUGGCUAGGGGUACGAACCAGCUCAUUCCAUGUAUCUGAGUAUCGUCGGGACAAGACCGCAAACGAUGUUGGGCCACUGCCGGAGGACUACUUUUUGGCUAAGCCUAUGACCCAGGCAGGCUCUAAAUUUCGUCAAGAGAUUUUAGAUGAGGUUUUAGAGGAUAUCCAUCGAUUCUUUCGACAAGAUAAGGGACAGUUAGCCAUUUAUGACUGCUUAAAUAUAAUUCGUAGCGAUAGGGAAAGGUUGGCACGAGAAUUUGCCGAAUUCAACAUCAAGGUUCUACUUAUUGAAUCCAUAGUGACCAAUGAGGAGCUAUUGUCUCAUAAUAUUGAGAUGGCGGCAACUUCUGCUGAUUAUCACGGUUGGAAUAAGCAAGAUGCCAUGAAGCAUUACCUUCAACGUGUUAAACUGAACAAACCAUUCUACGAACAGAUGACGCCUAGCGAAGGACUAAGUUACCUACAAUAUUUCAACUUCGGCGAGAAAAUAGUAUUAAAUGAUAAUGACCAUGGUUUUUUGGUAAACAAAAUCGUCUUUUUCUUGAUGAAUUUAAGGCACAAGAGGGGAUGUAUUUACUUUGCUCGUUGCGGGACUAGUGACAAUGACAGAUACGUCCACGACGAAGUACUUAAUGAAGAGGGCAUCAGAUAUUCAAAAGCCCUAACAGAUCUUGUUCUCAAGCAAGUGAGUAAGAGAAGAGCGGAAAGGAAUGAAUCUUUGGCGUGUCAGAUUCCCACAUCACCACUAUCUUUUCCUUCAGCAAAUUCCGCCGAUGACAGUCCAGUUCUAUCCGCGAAUGCUUCUCAGAAGAGCACGGAUUCAAUAAGUAAGUUAUACCUAAGACAGCGGACCAGUGGGGAAGAGAACAGUGAAAACUCAUUUACAGUAUGGACAGCACCGCGAAAGCGUACAUAUGACACUGCAAUGUUUUUCUUGGAAAAGGGAGUCACAGUAAGGCAAAGAUCUCAAUUACAGCAAUUACACCCAGGGUGUGUUGCAGACUUAAGUGAAGGGGAAAUCAAAGAAAAAUUUCCUACCGAAUAUAAAGAAUAUCUCAAGGCGCCAUAUCAUUACAGAUUCCCACGUGCGGAAUCAUACCAUGAUCUUGCCGUAAGGAUUGAACCACUUCUUUUAGAGAUGGAAAGAAUGUGUGGGGAUUUAUUAAUAAUUGGACAUGAAACAGCACUUAGGGUACUUUAUGGAUAUUUUGCAGCAUGUUCAUCUCAAGAAAUUCCCAGCUUGAGCUUUACUAGAGAUGACUUGAUUGAGAUAUCUCUUCGCCCUUUUGAAAACAUUAUAACUAAGAUACCGAUAGUAGUAAAUAAAUAA